AUGACAUUGAAGAAUAAGAAGGAGAUGAAGCUCACACUCACACUCCCUGACAACUUGAUCGAAGAAAUUCUGUUAAGGUUGCCGGUGAUAUCUCUUUUGCAUUGUAAAUGUGUGUGUAAAUCAUGGCUAACUCUCAUCUCCAAUCCCCAAUUUGCAAAAUCACAUUAUGACAUUGCUGUUGCACCCACCCACCGACUUCUUGUUAAGCCAUAUAAUGAAUGUUCUUCAGAAUUUAUAGGAAUAGAGGCACCACUUCACUAUGAUUCUGCUGUAGUGUACCUCACUCCAAAGUCAUCAUUAAUUCCUUCCGUUAGAUCUUAUUAUCUUCAAAUAUUGGGUUCUUGCCGAGGGUUUAUACUUUUGAAGUAUGUUGAGAAUGAUGAUCUCAUUUUAUGGAAUCCAUCAACAGGUGCCUUAAAAACAAUAUCAUGCUCCCCGGGUAGCAAAUUUUUAUAUGGUUUUGGAUAUGACCCAUCAACUGAUGACUAUUUGGUAGUUGUUGCAAAUUUUAACAUGGAGUUUUUCUCCUUGAAAACCAAUUCAUGGAACAAAGUUAAGGGUAUUAAUUUUCCAUAUUUAGGUUUUGGGGUAAGAUUCAUAUCUGGGAUACUCUUGAAUGGGGCUCUUCAUUGGUUGGCUGUCUCUAAAGGUACUUCUACAGAGAAUGCUGUGAUUAUUGCUUUUGAUUUGAUAAAAAGGAGUUUAUCAGAGAUUCCUUUGCCUCGUGAUUUGACCGCCUCCACGUAUAGAUCGAUAUUUGAAAUUUGUCAUUUCAUGGUAAUAGAAGGAUGUCUCGGUCUGGGUUGCUCAGGUGGUGUUUGCUGGGUGAUGAAAGAAUACAAAGUGCAGUUAUCUUGGACCAAGUUCAUUGUUUCAUCUAAUUGCUACGUACCUUGCGACUCUCAUUUCCCGAUUUGCUUUAGCAUAGGUGGUGGAAUUGUUGGAUCAGAUGCUUUUGGAAAAUUAUUGAAACUUGAUCACAAAGGAGAGUUGCUUGAGAAUUCCAGAUAUAUUAUGCAGUGGUUUGUCGAAGAAGGUCCAGUACAGUCUGCUAUGUAUACGGAGAGUCUAAUAUCAUUCCCUAGUGACUUUGGGGAAGCGAGGGAAGAUGACCAACAGUAA